AAAAAAAAUUAUAUAAAAAGAAAAAGAAGAAAAAAAAAAAGAGGAGUAACAAACCUGGGCAUCGCCCAAGUCACUAAAAAAAAUCUACAUAAUUUCCCUCAAUUAGUAGAUUCGCAUUUAAUAAAUCUAACAAGUUCGAAAUAUUCCCCUAAAAAAAUUAAAAAAACACUUUAUUAGGCAGUAAAAUUUCUUCUUCAACAAUAUUCAGAUCUGCUUCAAGGAAGCUCAGUUUAAUGGCAGAAAUCUAAAGUGGUAUUUUUUUUUUUGGUCGAUUUGAGGGAGUUUCAUCAUUUGGUAAAUGGCAGUUUCAAAGCAGACUGUUAUGGCUAUCAAGUCUUACCAAAAUCAGGCUGAAAAUCUGGUCAAGAAUCAUCUGUUGUCUGAUCCUAUAAUUCCUUACACUUCAAUUAUUGCAGGCAUUUUAGCCUGCAAAGUGAUCUAUAAUCUUACCCAGUUGUUUAGUGCCCUGUACUUCAAGAGUUAUGCUGGUCUUAACAAAGUACAAAGGAUCGAAUGGAACAAUCGUGGUAUCUCGACGGUUCAUGCCCUUUUCAUUGCAGCAAUGUCGUUAUAUUUUGUUUACUGGUCAGACCUAUAUGCUGACUACCAGACCAACGGUUAUGUUACUUUCCGUAGCUCAACACUUUCAACUUUUACCCUAGGAGUAUCCGUGGGGUACUUUAUUGCAGACCUUGCAAUGAUCAUGUGGCUCUAUCCUUCUUUGGGUGGAAUAGAGUAUGUUAUACAUCAUUCUCUCUCAGGAAUUGCUGUUGCUUAUGCUAUGUUUUCUGGGGAAGGGCAACUUUACACCUUCAUGGUCCUUAUUUCUGAGGUGACAACACCUGAAAUUAAUAUGCGAUGGUUUCUUGAUACAGCUGGAUUGAAAAGAUCUCAUGCAUAUCUGAUUAAUGGAAUUGUGAUUUUUUUUGCGUGGUUGGUUGCAAGAAUUCUGCUUUUUGUUUACAUGUUCUAUCAUGUUUACCUUCACUAUGAACAGGUAAUGCAAAUGCAUGUAUUUGGCUUCAUUUUGGUGUUAGUUGUGCCGUCUGUGCUUGCUGCAAUGAACUUGAUGUGGUUCGGGAAGAUACUCAGAGGAUUGAAGAAGACGUUAGCAAAGAGACAAUGACAGACUCCGUAAUGGAAUUGCAUGGUAUUUUCUUAGAAACUUGUUUCUUCGGUGUAAAAAUGGUGGAAUGGAAAUGUGGAGAAGGCAAAGAGAACUUUAAUUAACUUGGCUUACGAUAGGAUUUGUUGUAAAUAGCUGAACCUUCACACUUAGGUACUAUGUAUUUGCGGCAAACAAUGAAAUUAUUGUUCAAAUUACACCAGAGUUACUGUGUUUAUCUAGCUACAGUAUCACACACUCUUCAGUCUGCCCAGACUUUCAGGUUCUCUGAGAUUUUCUCCAUUGUGACGAUCUUGGCCACAACCAUCUCCAAUGUCGCCAAAUCAAUUUCAAUUCGAAUUGAAGACGUUGUUAUGUUUCGGAAACAAAUCAAUUUCAAUUCAAACCAAUCGUUCAAGUUGGUGUAUGGCAAUUUGAGAAUUUAGAUAACAAAACAAAUUUCUGGGCUGUCAUUGUGUUUGUUUGCAUAAGCAACCAAAACUUUUUGAUCUGUUUGGAUAUCAGUAUUUCACAUGUUCAAAUUACAAGUCUACUUCUUAUUUUA